UGUCAUGUCAUGUCAACUGAAAAAAAAACUAAAUGAAAUUAAUUAAUGAAAUGAAUAUUGCUCUCAAUGAUCUCAAUCUGAUGUUGUGUUGUUCUCCUCGGUUUUGCUAAUUUUAAAGGUCUUAUUUAUGUAUUUUAGUGAAGUGAGCGUAUUGAUUUUUGGAGUCCCUGGUAAAAUAACUUUUAUACUACAUUAAUCAUGAAUAUCUCAAUUGAAAAGAAACGUUCCGAGUGUCCGGCACUACCUAAAGGCUGGCAAAGAGAAGAAGUUCUGAGAAAAACUGGCUUAUCUGCAGGGAAGGUUGAUGUAUACUACUAUAGCCCUACAGGUAAAAAGUUUCGCAGUAAGCCUGAGCUAGUCCGUUAUCUGGGUGAUAGUAUGGACCUAUCGUGUUUCGACUUCCAACAGGGUCAGAUAAACACAAUGUUGCUGUGCAAGGCCAAGAAAGCGCGAGCGCAGUUUGAUUACAGAGGGGUUCGCUCUGACGCGUCAUUGGUGCCACCCAUCCGGCAAACGGCUUCCAUUUUCAAACAGCCAGUUACUGUGUAUAAGACCCAGGAGAGCAUGGUGAAGACAGAUCUGAAGCACGGCACCACGGAAAAACCAAAACAACUGUUCUGGGAGAAAAGAUUGGAGGGUUUAACCGCCUGCGAUGCCAACGGAGUGAUCGGCACGACGUCGUUGCCGAAGUACAUCAAGCCACUGGGCCCCUACAACUCGGACGCCACAACCAUUCAGUCGCUGGCCACCGCUCUGCACGUCUCUUCACAGCCAAUUACAGGGCAAAUCGGUUCGAAGCAGGCGAUUCUUGAAAACCCGGGAGUUUUUUUAAACCCUGAGCAGCCGUUGAUCGCGGCCGUGACUAUCAGCAAGGAGGAUGUGCGCCGUCAGGAGGAGCGUGUUAAGCGUGCGCGUGCGCGCCUACAGGAGGCUCUGGCGGCGGCGUAGCAGCCCGCCGGCGCCGGCGCGCCCGCCAUGCUCGCCGCCGCCGCGCCCGCGCCCGCGCCCGACCAGUCGCACACCGCCGCCGCCCACACCCACACCGCGCUCCGCGAGCCCGAGCCCGCGCUGGUGCACUCCACUACUGACUAGCGCGACUUCCUAGAAGCUGUUAACAUCGUAGUGUCGUCCCUUUUACUCACACGUAUUCAUCUGAAAGGGAUGACACUACGAUAUUGCCACUUUUUAAAGUCUACUGUUUUUGGCCAAUCAGUGCGGUGCUUGCACGCGGCACACUACACUCUCGACGAUAUAUUAUUGACUACCGACGUAAUUUAGUGAAAUAUACGUUACUGCGAUCGGCGCUUAUGUCGCUGUGAGCGCCGACCACCAUAAGGUACCUUUUACCACAGAAUGUCACACUUUAUGAAUGAUAUCUUAUCCACGAUAUUUGGAUGCGUGAGCAUUAUCGCAAAAUUCCAAUGCGACGCAUGAUUUCCAAUUCGCGCGAAUCGUAUUUGUAAGCAUGAAAAACUCGAUCUUUUAUUUUAAUAUUUUAUCAGUAAAAAUGUAUGUGGCUAUUUAUUAAUAUUAAGUACUUUUAGGUGUUGAUGACACCAUAUUUUAAGGCUUUCUAUAGUAUUAACUAUAUUAAAAUUAAGGAAAGUAGCAAUAAAAGUUUUAUAAUCUGUCAA